AUGAGAAGUGAGUGCAUGACAAAAUUUAGAAAGUUUCGGUUUGUAAGGCAGUAUUUAAUUGAACAAAAUCAAACGACAAAAGUUGUAAACCUCGUAAGACAAAAUAUGCUUCCAAAUGUCUUAUCGACAGCUCCAAAACCCUUACUAUUUUUCAUAGCAGUCAUACUAUCCCUGUACAAAAUUGAGUGCAAAUCGUCAUCAUUGAAUGUCACAGAUCCUGGAACUUGGAAGAGGUUAGCAGAUGAGAGAUUUAAUAAAUUUGAACAAUCAUCAUCUCACUUAUUACUCAAACGAUCAAAAAAUGUCAUCUUAUUUAUUGGUGAUGGUAUGAGCCUGAGCACUGUUACUGGAGCAAGAUAUUUGAAAGCGGAGAAGAUGGAUCUUUUAGGUGGUGAUGUACAACUAGUAUGGGAGAACUGGCCUGUUGCAUCACUUGUCCGUACAUUCAACUCAGAUAGACUGACAACAGAUUCAGGUUCUGCGGCGACUGCCUUUAUGUCAGGUGUGAAAAGCCCUCAUAAAACCGUUGGUAUCACGGGAACAGUGAAGUGCUGUAAAUGUACUGAAUUGAAAGAAUUAGAAAGGGCGAAAUCUUCUAUCAUGUAUGCCUCCAAAGCAGGAUUUUCCACUGGAAUAGUUACAACUGCGAGAGUUACUCAUGCAACACCCGCAGCAGCGUAUGCAAAUAUGUUACAUCGAGAUUGGGAGUCGAAAGCUCCAUCAAACGAGCACGGAUUCCACUGCACAGACGCUGCUACACAACUACUGUCCAACGCUUCUAACGUCAACGUAAUAAUGGGAGGUGGAGCAACCGAAUUCUAUGGUCCGUCAGACAGUACCAUUUUCAACAUGAAGGGGAAACGCUCUGAUUCACGCAACCUCUUACAUAAAUGGAAGGCGAUACAGACUAAAAUGAAUCGCAAGCAUGUUCUCUUACAUACGAACUCUGAGUUUAAACGAACCAACUGGUCUUCGGUUGACUACGUUUUGGGUUUGUUUGCUCCGAGUCAUUUGGCUUACCGACUGGAAAACCAAGACCAACCAAGUUUGGCAGAAAUGACUGAAGCUGCUAUCAAAGUACUUUCGCGCAAUCCUAAAGGAUUUCUUUUGUUAGUCGAAGGGGGCAGAAUCGAUCAUGGGAAUCACGAAAAUCGAGCACAAUACGCGUUAACUGAAACGUUGGAGUUCGAAAAAGCCGUCGAGAAAGCAUUGUCACUUGUUGAUCAACAAGAAACGUUACUAUUAGUAACAGCGGACCAUUCUCAUUCAUACGGAGUUGUCGGCUAUCCGACAAGGAAUACAAGUGUGCUAGAUGUGGAUAAUACUGCAAAAGGAGAUGAUAAUAAAUCAUAUCUCAUAUCCUCCUUUUUCAAUGGACCAAGAGGUAUAUUAGGUGCACCUCGAUCGGAUCCGGCAACAGAAGAUAGGUUCGCAAGCAACUAUACAGCAGAAUCACUGUUUGCUGAAAUAACAAACCAGACUGAUCGUGAUAAUGUUAAAUUUAACUCAACUGUUCAGCGUUUAGAGGAAACAUUAUAUAAACAAAUUGCCGAUGUUGAAAGACGUUUACAACAAAAGAUCAACGAAUUACAGAAUGAAAUUCAAGUAUCUAUUCAACAAUGUCAAGAUGAAAAACGAUCCUUAGAAUCACGUUUGCUUGAUAGUAUACACACGAUAGCAGCAAACCUUGAAAAUCGUAUUAGAAUAGAAAUAAGCGAUUAUGUUAGUAAUAAUAAUAAUAAUUAUAAUAAUGAUGGUGUUGAUGAUGAUGAUGAUGAUGAUGAUGAUGAUGAUGAUGAUGAUGAUGAUGAUGAUGAUGAUGAUGAUGAUGAUGAUGAUGAUGAUGAUGAUGAUGAUGAUGAUGAUGAUGUUGAUGAUGAUGAUGAUGAUGAUGAUGAUGAUGAUGAUGAUGAUGAUGAUGAUGAUGAUGAUGAUGAUGAUGAUGAUGAUGAUGAUGAUGAUGAUGAUGAUGAUGAUGAUGAUGAUGAUGAUGAUGAUGAUGAUGAUGAUGAUGAUGAUGAUGAUGAUGAUGAUGAUGAUGAUGAUGAUGAUGAUGAUGAUGAUGAUGAUGAUGAUGAUGAUGAUGAUGAUGAUGAUGAUGAUGAUGAUGAUGAUGAUGAUGAUGAUGAUGAUGAUGAUGAUGAUGAUGAUGAUGAUGAUGAUGAUGAUGAUGAUGAUGAUGAUGAUGAUGAUGAUGAUGAUGAUGAUGAUGAUGAUGAUGAUGAUGAUGAUGAUGAUGAUGAUGAUGAUGAUGAUGAUGAUGAUGAUGAUGAUGAUGAUGAUGAUGAUGAUGAUGAUGAUGAUGAUGAUGAUGAUGAUGAUGAUGAUGAUGAUGAUGAUGAUGAUGAUGAUGAUGAUGAUGAUGAUGAUGAUGAUGAUGAUGAUGAUGAUGAUGAUGAUGAUGAUGAUGAUGAUGAUGAUGAUGAUGAUGAUGAUGAUGAUGAUGAUGAUGAUGAUGAUGAUGAUGAUGAUGAUGAUGUUGAUGAUGAUGAUGAUGAUGAUGAUGAUGAUGAUGAUGAUGAUGAUGAUGAUGAUGAUGAUGAUGAUGAUGAUGAUGAUGAUGAUGAUGAUGAUGAUGAUGAUGAUGAUGAUGAUGAUGAUGAUGAUGAUGAUGAUGAUGAUGAUGAUGAUGAUGAUGAUGAUGAUGAUGAUGUUGAUGAUGAUGAUGAUGAUGAUGAUGAUGAUGAUGAUGAUGAUGAUGAUGAUGAUGAUGAUGAUGAUGAUGAUGAUGAUGAUGAUGAUGAUGAUGAUGAUGAUGAUGAUGAUGAUGAUGAUGAUGAUGAUGAUGAUGAUGAUGAUGUUGAUGAUGAUGAUGAUGAUGAUGAUGAUGAUGAUGAUGAUGAUGAUGAUGAUGAUGAUGAUGAUGAUGAUGAUGAUGAUGAUGAUGAUGAUGAUGAUGAUGAUGAUGAUGAUGAUGAUGAUGAUGAUGAUGAUGAUGAUGAUGAUGAUGAUGAUGAUGAUGAUGAUGAUGAUGAUGAUGAUGAUGAUGAUGAUGAUGAUGAUGAUGAUGAUGAUGAUGAUGAUGAUGAUGAUGAUGAUGAUGAUGAUGAUGAUGAUGAUGAUGAUGAUGAUGAUGAUGAUGAUGAUGAUGAUGAUGAUGAUGAUGAUGAUGAUGAUGAUGAUGAUGAUGAAACCAGUCAUUUGUGAUGACAAUGAAAAUUCGAAGAUGGCUAUUCUAUGGCAGGUAUUCAGAAGGUAUCAAUUUUUAAAUGAAUCAAACUGCUAUUAACUUUUUCGUGUCAAAAUUCUGUUGACCACUACACUCAUUUUACUACAAAGGCUACUAUAAAUAACUGUGCAUGUCUGUCGACAUAAGCAGCAUACACCAAAACUACAGAUUGUAUUUGAUCUAAUUUUGAGUCACACCAUCAAACUUUAGUAUUGGACGAUGAGAAGUUAGCUACCUCAAAGGUGUAGAUAAGGCAUAUUUUCACUCCUGAUUACUGCGUAACCUGGUGUACUAAUCAAACUAGAUCUAC